AUGACAACCGAAGAGCUAAAAGCCGAAUAUUUCCUUGUUAAUUUUCCAGCCUUUGAUAACAUAUGGUGUAAAUACUGCUUUUCUUACGGGCGUGACUGGACUAUCGUGGCUGGCAUUGAUGAAGGCAUAACGCAAACGUCCGUGAAAAGUUCCUCUGAUGAACAUGACCUUAUUCUGAACUUUCCUAUCGAAAUAUCUUGGAGAUCGACUAACCCUUCAGGAUGGCCACAGAUAGCCGUACAUGCAUACGGCGUCGAUGCACUCGGAAAAGAUGUUGUCCGAGGCUACGGAGCGGUUCAUGUGCCAAUGCAGCCAGGGAGGCAUCGUCGAAGAAUUGCUAUGUUUACGCCAGAGUCCUCCUCUCAACUUAUGGCGUUGAAUGCGUGGUUCACUGGCAAACGUCCGGAGUUUGUUAGUCCAAAAGUCGUUACGACUGGCGAGGGGCGCGAAGGUAAGCAUACACUUUAUACGCUUAUAAAUAGAUAA